AUCAAAAGAGGGAGAAAAAAAAUUGAACUUCAUAUUUUGCCUUUUGAACUGUUAGUGAUCAUUGUAAUUUAUUUAAAUGGGUAUCAAAAUGGAAGGUACUAACAUCACUGAUCCAAUUCCUCUUCUUACACAUUACAAGAUGGGCAAAUUCAAUCUAGCUCAUAGAGUUGUUUUGGCACCACUCACAAGAAACAGAUCCUAUGGCAAUGUUCCACAACCUCAUGCUAUCCUCUAUUACUCUCAGAGAGCAGCCGGUUCUAACGGAGGUCUUCUCAUAACCGAAGCUACCGGUAUAUCUGACACCGCUCAAGGGUAUCCAGACACGCCAGGUAUUUGGACUAAAGAGCACGUCGAGGCGUGGAAACCUAUUGUGGAUGCUGUCCAUGCCAAAGGUGCUACCUUCUUCUGUCAGAUUUGGCACGUUGGAAGAGUUUCUGAUACUGUUUUUCAGCCGAAUGGACAGGCACCAAUAUCUCCUACAGACAAGCCACUCACACCACAACUUCGAAGUAAUGGUAUUGAUGUCGCAGAAUUCACACCGCCCAGACGGCUAAGGAUAGAUGAAAUUCCAAACCUUGUCAAUGACUUCAGACUUGCUGCAAGAAAUGCUAUUGAAGCUGGGUUUGAUGGGGUUGAAAUCCAUGGGGCUAAUGGCUACAUACUUGAGCAAUUCAUGAAAGAUCAAGUGAACGACAGAACAGAUGAAUAUGGUGGAUCCCUUGAGAACCGUUGUCGGAUUGUUUUGGAAGUUGUUGAAGCUGUUGCAAAUGAGAUAGGUGCAGAUAGAACUGGAAUUAGAUUAUCACCUUUUUCAGAAUAUGCAGAAUGUGUAGACUCUAAUCCCAGAGAAUUGGGACUUUAUAUGGCUAAUGCCCUCAAUAAAUAUGGUAUUCUUUACUGUCAUGUGGUGGAACCAAGAAUGAAAACUGUUAAUGAAAGAAUUGAAUGCUCUCACAGCCUUGUGCCGAUGAGAAAGGCCUUCAAAGGCACUUUCCUGGCUGCAGGAGGUUACGACCGAAAUGAUGGGAUCAAUGCCAUAGCUGAAAAUAGGACAGACCUUGUUGUAUAUGGUCGUUUGUUCUUAGCUAAUCCAGAUUUGCCGAAGAGAUUUGCACUUAAUGCUCCUCUAAACAAGUAUAACAGGGCGACAUUCUACACUUCAGAUCCAGUUAUAGGUUAUACUGACUACCCUUUUCUUGAAUGAAGAAACCAGUGUUGUAGCAUCAAAGUGUGGAAUCUCUUCACUAAAUAAGUUCAAUACCCCUUUGCUAAUUGCUUUCUGCUAUUGAUUCCUCUCAUGCUUAGUCUGAUAAUGCUUUGGAGUUUGGAGCCAGCUCACACAUUUUGUAAAUGGUCAGGAAAACAUAGUAUGUAAGAGUAAAACUACUUUUGUAUGUGAUAAAGUCACUGUAUGCCAAAAAGAAGUUUACCUGAUUUUACAAAAUUACAAUACGCGUUUUGUGCUAACAAGAGGAUUAUUUCCAUUGUCUCGUCUUUGUUUCUUCAAUCAAUCCAUGUGUCUUUUAGA